CAGCGGCCACGGAGAGGCGGGGGCGACGGCGGAGGCAGGCCGGGGAAGGCGGCGAGGGUUGCCCCCCACCGCCCGGGCACGGCGUGAACCUGCGCCCCGCGGACAGAACUUUGCUGCUGAAAGAGGAAGGUGGGGGGGGGGUAAAAAAAAAAAAAAAGGAAAAAUAAAAAAUAAUAAUAACAAAGCAAGCGCCCCCCCCCCUCCGCAGCUGCCCCGGAGGGAUGAGGCGACGGGCGGCCGGCGGGAGCCCGGCCCGGCUGCGGGCAUGACCCGGGGCCGGAGCGGGGCUGAGCCCGCAGCGGUGUGAGCGCUCGCCCCGGGAGGGCCGGGCCGGGGCGGCGGGGCCGCCUCCCGCCCUGCCCAGCCUCCGCGCAUCCUCCGGCACCGCCUGCGCCCAGCCCAGCCCAGCCGAGCCGAGCCCAGCCGGGCCGGUGGGUCCGAAGCGUGCCGAGUCGGUGUGAUCCGAGCCGUGCCGAGCGGUAGGAUGAGGGGCGUCCUCUACUUCUGCACGCUGAUCCUCCUGGAAGGUAUGGCGGAAGCUGUCAGCUCGAGCAGGGACUGCCUUCAGGCAGGCGAGUCCUGCACCAACGACCCCAUCUGCAGUGCCAAAUUCAGAACCCUCCGGCAAUGCAUCGCCGGCAAUGGAGCCAACAAGCUGGGCCCCGACGCCAAGAGCCAGUGCCGGAGCACCGUGACGGCCCUGCUUUCCAGCCAGUUGUACGGCUGCAAGUGCAAGCGAGGCAUGAAAAAGGAGAAGCACUGCCUGAGUGUCUACUGGAGCAUCCACCACACAUUGAUGGAAGGCAUGAAUGUACUGGAGAGUUCCCCUUAUGAGCCAUUCAUCAGGGGCUUUGAUUACGUCCGGCUGGCAUCCAUCACGGCAGGAUCUGAGAACGAGGUGACCCAGGUGAACCGGUGUCUGGACGCUGCCAAAGCCUGCAACGUGGACGAGAUGUGCCAGCGGUUGCGGACGGAGUACGUCUCCUUCUGCAUCCGGCGCCUGGCCCGGGCCGACACCUGCAACCGCUCCAAGUGCCACAAGGCUCUGCGCAAGUUCUUCGACCGCGUGCCGCCCGAGUACACCCACGAGCUGCUCUUCUGCCCCUGCGAUGACACGGCCUGUGCCGAACGCCGGCGGCAGACCAUCGUUCCUGCCUGCUCCUAUGAGUCCAAGGAGAAGCCCAACUGCCUGGCGCCUCUGGACUCUUGCCGGGAAAACUACGUCUGCAGGUCACGCUAUGCAGAGUUCCAGUUUAAUUGCCAGCCGUCCCUUCAGGCUGCGAGCGGCUGCCGGAGGGACAGCUAUGCUGCCUGUCUGCUGGCAUAUACAGGGAUCAUAGGCAGCCCCAUCACACCCAACUACAUCGACAACUCAACUUCCAGCAUAUCUCCCUGGUGCACGUGCAAUGCCAGCGGCAACCGGCAGGAAGAGUGUGAGAGCUUUCUCCACCUCUUCACCGACAAUAUCUGUCUCCAAAAUGCCAUUCUGGCUUUUGGCAAUGGGACCUACCUGAACGCAGCUGUGGCCCCAUCCAUCCCCCCCACCACACAGAUGUACAAGCAGGAGCGAAAUGCCAACAGAGCCGUGGCGACCCUCAGAGAGAACAUCUUCGAGCACCUCCAGCCCACCAAGGUGGCUGGAGAGGAGAGGCUCCUGCGGGGCUCCACUCGUCUGUCAUCAGGGACCUCCAGCCCAGCGGCUCCCUCCUGCUGGGCAGCCUCUCCGCUGCAGAUGUGGCUUCUCCCCGCUCUUGCUGUGCUGAGCCUCUUCGUGAUGUGAAGCAGGGCGGGCACACGCCAGGCAGAGACUCUCUUUGUGUUGGUUUCUUUACAAAACAACCAGACCAGUAACUUUUUCGGGGGGUGGGGGGGAAGGAGGGAGGCGAUGGGAAGGAGAGGUGGGCAUGUGGGCAUCCCUUCCUCCUCCUCACCUGUCUGCCAAUUUAUUUGAUUUUAUACAAUCAGCAUCGUCAACAACCAGCGCAUUCUUGGUCCUGGCCACCUUUCCACCCCACAGCUUGGUUGUUGUCUCUCCAGCUCUCUGUGGAUGGGGUCAGAGACGUGGACAAUUCCCUUGGAAAAGGAGAAGGAGAGAGUUGAGCCAAGAAAUGAGACCCGCAAAGGAAAUGCUUUUGCCUGCCCCAGCCAAGGGGGGAGAGACUUUUGAUGGAUGAGCAGUCAGGAAGUUCCCUGAAGCCCUGACUCACGUUGGGGGGCUCUUGACAGGACACAUCAAGCAAUGUGGCGUUCAGACUGUCUCCAGGGUUGCUCAGGACCUGAAGGACAUCCCACCUGGUUCAGACUGAAGAAACCAGAGCACCGGUGAGAAGGUGGUUGGUUUUGUUCACUGGAGAGGGUUCUGAAGUACCUCUGGGGUGGACCAAGUCACUACAAACUGGCUGGUGGGGAUUAUCCACCGCUUGAAACCAUGGCCGGCGUGCAAUCAGCAUGCAACUCCAAGCUAUUAUCUAGCCCUCGGGGCCCUCCUUUUUAGAGAAACAUGUGUCAUGUAUCGAUGGUGUUCAGGAAGAAACACGUGUGUUGCGUUUUGUUUACGGCUGGCUUUCUUCGUGUCCCAACCCAGCGUCUCUAUUCACUAGUCCUGUAACGUGUUUGGGGUACGUAAUUUUUUUUGCCACAUCCAAACAACCAGAGGCCAAUGUUGUCCCACUCCAAGCUAACCUUUCCCCAUGAGGGAUGAAUGUGUGAGCCCGUGGGCAGGACUCGAUGUGAGCCCAACGCAACCCAUUCUCACAAGUUACCUGUGCGUCCGCCGGUCUCGCAGAGAGGCAGAGGGUCUUCAGUCAGGGCAUUUCAUCAGUUUUCAUGGGAAGAGAUAGGAUAGAAAAGGUUUGCUAGAUACCACCCUGGGGACAUAAAUAUCCAGCCCAUUUGUGGAAAGGCCAAGUCAUGAAUCAUGUCAUGGGUGGGGAGAGGAUUGCUAUGGUUCCCCUCCUUGAAGAACUGGCAGAGGCAAAUGCUUGUGUCCCGGUUAGCACGUGAAGGACAUUGCCUCCUGUCAAGUCCUAGUUCCUCAGUCAAGAGGUCAUUUAAGCAAAGGCUGGUGAAGUGACCAGUUCUACUGAGCUGCAACCAGAGCCCAGCUGGAGGGUGAGGACAAAUGUCUCUCUGGUGUCUCGGCCACAGGGGGGCAGAUGUGUGACCUUGGGCUACUUGAGCACUUGGGGGUCUUCCCUCAAGGGGGUGAGCUGAGGACUCCUAGUGCCUUCUUGGGGGGCUGAACCCCUCACUAGAACAAGCCAAGAAAGAAGAUGGUAAGGAAGGGUGAGAAGGUUUCUCAGGAUAAGCGCUUACCCAGGGUGACCGCCACGGGAGGCACAGGAGUAGCUCCAGAUUCUCCCUGAGUAUUUAGGCCUGGGCUUUUCAGCAGCCCAUUUAUUCCUCGGUUUGUGCUCCUCCAAGGAACAUUGUUAGUUCCUCAGCAUUCAGAUCUGUAGAAAGGCUUAGCAGCAGCUGACGCAGCAAAGUCCAGCGCCUUUUAUUGCCAUUCCCUGCAGAUCACCUUCCAUCGUUUAUUGCUUCAGAUUUUGCUGGGAAACAGCAGCAACUUUCUUGGGCUUUGUUCCAAUAUGAAACCACUCUUGGUUUCGGCUGAACACCUGUGGAUAUGUAAGACAUGCACAGAAACCCUCCUGCCUGCAUCCUAUCCAAAGCUCUGCUCCUCGAGGUCCUUGGGGCCGUAGCACCUGGUUGUCCUAAUCCAGGGCUGUGUAAAGGAACGUGCCAAGAUCCAAGUCUUGUGGGCAGGGUGCGAGGUCACACCCCGAACUGAAACUCGCAUGUGAGAUCUUCACGGCUAAGCGGCUCAUGCGGAUCAGAAAAGCAGGCAGGGAAGUCUCUUACCUCCCUACAAAGUGCCAUAGCCAUCGCUGCAUUGCUGUGAACAUCUCCCCUUUAGCCAGGACAUCGGUGUCCUCCGGAGAGGUCUGGAGACCGUGGAGCCCUCUGUGCACCAAGUGACACGACUACUAGCUGCAACGCUGCAAAACCUGUGUCCACAGAGCCACACGUGAGCAAGGGAUUAAACCCUGAUGCUCAGCCCUUCAAAGGCAAGGAACUACCUCAACAUCAUGAGGUCAGGCUGUGAAUUGCCUUCUUCUGCCACUUCCCGUUCACGUCGUGUAGUCGCGCCCUGCUCUUCUACACCUCUGGCCCCGGCAAGCCUGUCUCCACCAGCCUUUAAUCUUGCGUGAGCUGAGUCUCUGCAUAGGAUGGGCAUGCAAGUGCCAGCUUCUUUCCAGGAGUACCCACUCCUGCAGUCUCUCAUGGCUCCACUCCUGCAUCUCUUGUAACUCACUGGAGGCGAUGCUGAAACGCCACUUUGCCGUUUCCUUCUCUGAUUGAGAGCCAGCAGAGACAGGCUUUUCCUAGGUGGUCAGGAUGAGUGGCAACCCCACUUCAGCUCUCCCUUCGGGCUGGUGUGUUAUGAAAAAUAGAUGUGGAUGAUCCUAUUCAUAGACUACAGGGGAUGGAGAAGACCUCCAGAGGUUACCUUGUCCAUUACCAUGUCCCACGGCAGGACCAAUGGUUUGUUUACACUUUCUGGCAGAUUCCUUUUAAAUGAUUUUUUAAUAAUUUCAGUGAGUGACAUCAUCAUCUCCCCUGGAUUUAUAUCUUGCUUUCAAGACUCCUUAGGCUGUUAGUUUCCUCUAAGCUGAUGCUGAGAGAUCAUGGCCUGAUCACAGGCCAAUGAGACCCUCAAUUCCCAUUGCGGCGUCUUCUCAAGUCCCGAGUUUUGGAAGGAUGGCAGACCAACAGUGCCCCAAGGCUGUGGAAGGUGACAGCCAACUACCAUGGAACAUAUCACAGAGGCGUUGCAUGAGAAGCUCAAAAAACACGGCAACGGUCUGCCGGGAUCCUUGCAAACCCUGCCGUGAGUUACUCUAAAUGGGUGUCUGCUAGAGGGGUUUCCUCCCUGUGCCCUCGAUUGGGGGACCUCAAAAACAUCUGUGAAGCUGAGGUUGUAGGUCUGAAAACGCACUCCCUGUCCUCAGCCUUUGUCCUGUGCUGUGAGUUUGGAUACAGCGUGCUUCAAGCGCCGUCCCAGGCCAGGUCCUGCACUGCUGGGGGUUCCCCAUGGUCUGGGGAUGCUUUGACGUGAAGGGAAUAAGGCACAGAGCAAUGAGCCUCUUGCCCAGCAGGAAAGAGCCAGGGGGUUGGGAUGGGCAGUCAUGUUACACAGAAUUAAAAAAAAAAAAGUAAUCCACACAUCUGCAUGACUUUUUCCUGAUCAUUUCACCCUUUUGGCCAAUACUUAGUGCCAAUUCUCCCUCCAAGCCUGUUCAUGAAUCAAACUUUGCAAAUAAAAAGGAUGUUUUUUGAAGCAGUCCUUCUGGAGGAAGGAAACCCAAUUGCAUUCCUCCCCACCCGCAAACACAUACGUGCACGGGCCAUUUCUUUUCCCUUGUGAAAAAUCAGUAAUUUUUUUUUUUAAAUGAAAUUUCAUCUCUUUUGAACUCUGUGAAGUGAACCAUGGAUCUUCAUUUUUGAGCCUCUUGACUAGCCACCAAAGACAUAGCAGCUGCUUGUAAAGGCGAAGGACUGAGCGAGCCAAGAGAGAAAAAGGGAGACAAUAUUUUUUAGGAAUUACUCCAUACCUGGGGACUUUCGUAAGCACAAAGAGUCAUGGGAAAAAAAAUAAAAAGAAAAAAGAACCAGCCAAACUUUCUGUAGCCACCAAACUCUAUUACUCUGACCGCUCAGCACCGUUUCCAGCUGUUCGGCAGUCCUGAAAGCCUGUGAUAUAUUAUGUAUGUACAAAUACCACGUCGUCGUCAAAGCAAGAGCAUGAGCAGGGAGGGAGGCACCGCGGCGGGGAGCUGGUGCAGGAGCGAUAACCCCGCAGGGAGCGGGGCGACGCCAAAGGCUGUGUGCGUGCGUGUGCGCGCACGUAGGGCAGGAUGGCCGAUGUCUGCGUGAGCUCCUGGGGUAUAGCCUGUACUUAUCUCUUCUGUACAUUAAAUAUUCAAACAUAUCCAUAAAUAAAGCACACAUGCAUUUUCCUGA